CACACGCGCAUGCUGCAACACCCGCCGACGUUCCCUCGCGCUUACACACUCAUCGUUACCAUCACCACUGCUGCAGGCGCUGUCCGCGGGCAUGACGCUGGCGUGUAGGAACGCGGCCUGCGGAAGCAGCAGCAGCGGCGGCGGCGGCAGCUGCCCGGCAAGUCCUGUGCAUAUGGUCCUCACAGACGCCAGCGACUGGCACUUCAUGGUCACCCAGGCGACAGCAGCAGCAGCUACGGAGCAGCCCGCCGGUGGUGCCGGUGGUGUCGCCGCCGCAGCAGCAGCAGCAGGCAGCGGCGCCUCUGGCGCUCCCUGUGGGCUUGACUUCACCCUAACGUCGGGGGAGUCACUCACUCUGUUCAACUGCUCCUCCGUGCGCGCGCCCGUGCUGGUCUCGCAGACGGUGCCUGCCGAUUUGGCCAAGGUGCGCAUGGUUGUGCAUGUGGUGCAUUGAUGCAAGCAGUGCAUGUGCAGACAGCAGGUCCUGUCUGUGUGUGUGUGUGUGUUAAAAAACGAAACGAA